AUGUCCACGACCGAGGAAGUUCACAUACAAAAAAGUUUAAGUUGGUAUUUGGAUGAGGAACCGGUCCCGGAAGGCGCUACAAGUCUGUUGAGAGUUUUAACACAUGAAAUAGGUCACGUCCUUGGUAUAGCGCAUUCUACAAACUACGAAUCUAUAAUGUACCCGUCUUUGGUGUUUGAAAACACAACGAAACUAUCGCAAGAUGAUAUAUUGGCAAUUCAAGAGUUAUACGGUUCCAAACCGGCAGUGAGAACUACGGUGAGAACCAUGAAGACAACAAAAACGAUGCCUACAACAACCACGAAGACAACGACAACUGUCCCAACGCCGAACACGCAAGGAAUCAAUUUAAAAGUUCCAAAAUUAUGUGAUUUAAAUUCUAAGAUGUCAAAUACCUCGUUUCUAAUUGUGAAUAAUAAGCUCUAUUUGUUUUAUAAAAAGUACGUGUGGAUGUUAAAUUUAAACACUAGGAAAAUUCAAGAUACACCGCUUGUAAUAACUGAUUGGUUAACAUUUUUACAUAAACCUUUUGAAAAAAUAUCGGGUAUUUAUCAAAAACCAGAUAACGAAGUUGUAUUAUUCAGUGAAAGUAUGAUUUAUAUUUUCGAAUACGCCUCGUUUAGGUUGCUUAAACGCGAGCAUUAUAAUGUUCUUAUGAAGAAUUAUCCAGCCGUACGAGGUGUCGUCAAUUCGUACCGUGGUAAAACGUACUGA